AUGGACACGCUCAACCACCUCAAGCUCCGUAUCGAGCGGCGGCACGCAGCGACCGUCCUCCGCGCUCUCCUUCACGCAAUCUACUUCCAUCGCACUUUGGAUAAUGUCGAUCCCGAGACGGUUGAUAUCCUCGAGACGCAUGUCGCGGUCGCCAGUGGUCGGGACAUGCGUGCGUUAGAGCGCGAUAUCAAUACCAAAGUGGACGAGUUCCAGCAGACGUUUGUGGAUGCCGGGGCCGACUCUGGAGAGAUCGCUGUCGUCUUCCUACAACGCAAGAAUCGAAAGGGCUGGUUUGCCGUCACAGAGGCGCUCGUACCAUGGGAGGAGCAUCUCAUCACCCUCACAUUUGUGACGCGGGCAACCACCAACCCGCUACCACAUGCGCUACUCCAGCUCUUGUCGUUCUGUAACGAGCGCAAAGGCAAUGUCCCUCCACUCGUUGGCACCUCGGACCAGACCAACCUCUCACACCAGAUCCUCAUCUCCCCACCACCCCCGGCAGACCUCUUUGCGCCCUCCUCCCCGCCCUCCGGCCCAAAUGUCGGUCUACCCCCCAACCACUCCUCCGCGACCAUUACACCUUCACCUCGCGGAACGCCGUACCAGCUACCUACAGACCCACGCGCCUUCCCCGCCCGCUCGAGCAGUUCCAGCGUGGCUGGGACAAGUGGCCUGGGUGCACCCCGCUCGGCGUCGCCCAUGACAGCUGCAAUCUCAGACGCGGGCACGUCAGCGAUGGGAUACCUCGAGCAAGCCAAGGAUGGGCUGCGCGCUGUGGGGGCCAAGGCUGGGGCUGUUGGAUGGGCAAGGACGCCGUUUGGGACCCGAUAG